UUGCUUGUCUGAGAGGAAAGACGGAAAACGUCAGGGCCGUUCUAGGAUUGCGCUGACUUGCUUGCGGUAGGCUACGGUGUCCCGCGGAACAUCAAUGUUCCACACCUGGACGGGUGCUUGACAGUCCCUCCUGUCUGCGAACCCCCCUGCAGUAACUCAGCGACCCCUUCAGGGGUCACGACCCCCAGCUUGGAAACCGCUGGCACAGAAGGAGAAGAGGAACGAGGAGGAGGAGGAGAGCAGGCGCUGGAGAAGAGGAUAAAGAAGAGCGAGCAUGACGACUGAGACGGGUCCGGAGUCAGAGGUGGGCUUGCAUGACUCAGCUUCGGACGGCAGGAUGGCCAAGCAGGACCAGGACAUCAAACAUUUCGACGACCACCGAGACGACGCCUCGGAGAGGACGACUCCCGGCAAGGUGGCGAAAUCGCCGCAGAAGACGACAGGCAAGCGCUCCAAGUUGGCUCCCUUCAAGGUGACUCUGCUGGACACCUCGGAGUAUGAGAGCUCCAUCGAGAAGAACGCCCGUGGGCAGGCCCUGAUGGACCUGGUGUGCGAACACCUGAAUCUGCUGGAGAAGGACUACUAUGGCCUCACCUUCAGCGACGCAGACAGCCAGAAGAACUGGCUGGAUCCCUCCAAAGAAAUCAAGAAACAGAUACGCACCUCAUGUUGGCAGUUUUCCUUUGCGGUUAAAUUCUACCCCCCAGACCCGGCCCAGCUCAUAGAAGACAUCACCAGGUACUACCUGUGUCUGCAGCUGAGGGACGACAUCCUGUCGGGGAGGCUGCCUUGCUCCUUCGUGACGCACGCCCUGCUGGGCUCCUACACCAUCCAGGCGGAGCUGGGGGACUACGACCAUGACGAGCACAUUGCCAACUACGUCAGCGACUUCCGCUUCGCCCCCAACCAGACGCGCGAGCUGGAGGACCGCGUCAUGGAGCUCCAUAAAAACUACAGGGGGAUGACUCCUGCAGAGGCUGAGAUGAACUUUCUGGAGAACGCCAAGAAGCUGUCCAUGUAUGGAGUAGACCUCCACCAUGCCAAGGACUCUGAGGGGAUUGACAUCAUGCUGGGUGUGUGUGCCAAUGGGCUGCUGAUCUACCGCGACCGGCUGCGCAUCAACAGGUUCGCCUGGCCCAAGAUCCUCAAGAUCUCCUACAAGAGGAGCAACUUCUACAUCAAGAUCCGCCCCGGAGAGUACGAGCAGUUUGAGAGCACGAUUGGCUUCAAGCUGCCCAACCACAGAGCCGCCAAGAGACUCUGGAAGGUCUGCAUUGAGCAUCACACCUUCUUCAGACUGGUCUCCCCUGAGCCUCCCCCUAAAGGUUUCCUGGUGAUGGGAUCCAAGUUCCGCUACAGUGGGCGCACUCAGGCCCAGACGAGGCAGGCCAGCGCCCUGAUCGACAGGCCCGCGCCCCACUUCGAACGCUCCACCAGCAAGCGCUACCUACUGUCACGGAGCCUGGAUGGAGCAGAGUUCUCCAGGCCGGUGUCGGGUUUGAGUCGUGAGCAUGAUGGGAUGUCUCAGCGCAGCAUCAGUGAGAUCCCCUGCUCGCCGUCUGGUGACGAGCAGGACCCGCGCGGUGACCUGAGCACGGACCAGGAGCUGGACACGGAGUACGAGCAGGACCAGAACACCGACACCCUGGACCAGGACCAGGAUGGCCUCACCACACCCACCAAGAAGAAGGACAUCAAGUUCAUGGACAAGUCGGAGGACAUGCUUCUGAAGCACCAGGCCAGCAUCAAUGAGCUGAAGCGUGCCCUGAAGGAGCCCAACAGCAAGCUGAUGAACCGGGAGAAGCGUCUGUCAGGGACCUCCCCAGGAGACACGCCCGAGAAGAAGGCCGAUGUGGGGGGUGCGGGGGGUAUGGAUGCCAGUAACGUCACACUUAUGGAGGACUUCACGCAGAAGACUGUGUUAACUUCUCCUGAGGAGCCUCUAUCUACCCCCGUGAUUAACGAAGAACAAGUAGCUGAGGCUAAGCCUCCGGUGGCCAGGAAAGACGCUAACACUGUGAGCAUCGCCCACUCCCUGCGGAGGUCAGAGGUCAAGGUGGAGCCGCACUCCAACGGCGCGGAGGUGCCUACCACCAUCAUCGACAUCACAGAACAGCAAACGGAAGGUGAAGUUAACUGCAUGGAGACAGAGUUCUCCAGCACUGACGAAACUCAACCACAAGAGGGUGAUAUGAGCCAGGCGGAUGAUGGAGGCAAAGAGGAGGCUGCUCCACCUAGCAAAGAGAAUGGCUCCCCUGUGAAAGCAGGAUCUCAGGGUAGAGACUCCGCAGUGUCCCCCCUCACUGUCACCACGGAAAAUGUUACCUCAGCAACCACCACCCAAGUAACCAAGACAGUGAAAGGGGGAUACUCAGAGACCAGGAUUGAGAAAAGGAUAAUCAUCACGGGAGAUGAUGACGUUGACCAACAUCAGGCCUUGGCUAUGGCCAUCCAGGAGGCUAAGCAGCAGCACCCUGAUAUGCUGGUGACAAAAGCAGUGGUUGUCAGGGAAACGGAAUCUUCAGACGGUGGGAAACACAGGACCCUCGAGUCCUGAUGACCAGAGAGGACUCCUGACCUCAGGGACAGGACACAACUCCCCACCCCCCCCAGCCAGGCUCACCCCGCUACCAACCACCUUACCACAUCACCACCUCCUGAGGAUUAGCCAAGUCACAGUACAAUACAAUGCACCACAACACAAUGCAUUACAGAGCAAGCCCAAGUCAACCUUCAGCUCCCAGCCCAACAAUACAAUGCAGCAACCAACCAAGCGAGCAAGCCACAAAUCCCUGUGGUAUCCAGGCAGUUCACCUCGUUACACUCCUUCGUCUUUCGUCUGCUGUGCUCUCCAUGUCAUACUUGUGUUCCUCUGGAAGUAAAGGACAGGAAAGACUGUCAGACGGAGAGAGUCUUGCUCCUGGCACCCAGCCUGAGCUCUGAACGCUCCAUCGUUGCAGCUGCAUCUUGGCUAUUUGUUACCUGUUAUGGCCACAAAAUCCUGUUAACCGCUGAAAUGUUUCUGAACAUGCUCAGAGUCUGUCAGUCAGUCAGUCAGUCAGUCAGUCGUAUAGAGUUGGAUUUUAGAAGUUAGGUUUUUCCGUUGGGCUGGCUGUUGUUGGGUUCAAGUCAAUUCUAAGAUGUUUUGGUUGUGUACUGUCUCUUCAUUUGCGCCGUCUUCUUCUCCGGGUGUUGUACUGUGUGUGUCAGUUUGCAGUGCUACACAGCUUUAUAGCAUUGGAUUGUCCUGUUGAAUUUCACAAUCAGCAGCUAGCGUCAUACUAGCAUCAUACACGUACACGUACA